UAGCAUUAUUCAUUUAACAACAAAAAAAUUACAAGGUGGAAUUCGUUAUUGAAUAUUGGUCUUUCAGCUUUCGAUAAAUGUUGUAAAUUAUAUUAACUACACCACGUAGUUAAUAUAAUUUCUUUAUAAACUACAGUAAUCUGUAUAGUCUGUGCUGUUGACAACCCCGACAACAUUCGACGAGAAUAAUUCGCGAACGUGAGACAAGAGACGAAAUUUGUAAUGUGAUAAAUUAGUACCUAAUAAUUACGCACUGUACAACGUAGAUGUUAAAUCUUGAUUAAGAUGAUAAUAUGACUUCCGAGGACACCUUGUCAAGUGAAAUAUGGAUCUUAUGAAUACGGGAAACAGUGAUACGUUGAAGAGAAAGUGUCGUGAAGAAAUCGUUCAGUCGUCGCCUUCAAUGAUGUGGAAGAGGUCGAUUGUGCAAGCGAGGGCUGGGUGCGCGCGCGCCGUUGCGUCCUUGGCACUGCUGCUGGCAAUUGUAGCGAGCACAUGGCGAAGCGGCACGUGCGCUGACCUGGUUAUCGAGAUCCCCGGGUCCGGCGGCGGCGAGGCGGACGCGCCGGACGGCGGCCACUACCGGCUGGACUACCGGCCGCCCGACGGCUCGCCCGCGCCCAACAUCACCGUGCCGGCGCGCGCCAACACCAUCAACUUCGUGGGCCUCCCGGGCACCAAGUAUCACUUCAUGCUCUACUACUCCAACGCCACCUUCGCCGACCUCCUCACCUGGAACCAAACCAUCAUCACUGCGCCGGAGCCGCCCACAAAUCUGACGGUGACCCUGGGCCGCAAUAAACAAGCCACCAUCUCGUGGUCGCCACCAGCGCACGGCGACUACACUGGAUUCAGGUUUAAGGUGAUCCCGCUGACGGAGCGCGCGGAGGGCGGCGCGCGCAACGUGUCGGUGGAGGGCGCGGGCAACUGGAGCCACACGCUGCGCGACCUGUCGCCCGGCGCCACCUACCAGCUGCACGCCUUCACGCUGCUGCACGACAAGGAGAGCGCCGCCUACGCCUCGCGCAACUUCACCACCAAGCCCAACACGCCGGGCAAGUUCAUCGUGUGGUUCCGCAACGAGACCACGCUGCUGGUGCUGUGGCAGCCGCCCUACCCGCCCGGCGCCUACACGCAUUACAAGGUGUCGAUCGUGCCGCCGGACGCGCGGGACUCGGAGCUCUACGUGGAGAAGGAGGGCGAGCCCCCGGGCCCGGCGCAGGCCGCCUUCAAGGGACUGGUGCCGGGCCGCGCCUAUAACAUCUCCGUGCAAACCGUGUCGGAGCCCGAGAUCUCCGCGCCCACCACCGCGCAGUACCGCACCGUGCCGCUGCGGCCGCGCAACGUCACCGUGCCCCUCGCCGACCUCAAGGAGACCUCCUUCAGGGUCACCUGGCUGCCCCCGCUCGAGGAGAGCGAGUUCGAGAAGUACCAGGUGUCGGUGAGCGGGCUGGGCGCCAGCGGCGGGCGGCGCCUGGCGCCGGUGGUGCGCGCGCGCAACGACACGCCCGCCUGCUCGUUCGACGGGCUGGAGCCGGGCGCGCCCUACACCGUCACCGUCAAGACCAUGUCCGGCAAGGUGACGUCGUGGCCCGCCACGUGCGACCUCACGCUCAAGCCGCUGGCAGUGCGCGGGCUGGCGUGGCGGCUGGCGGCCGAGGGCGCCGACGUGUGGUGGUCGCCCGCGCCCGGCAGCACGCAGGACGAGUACAAGGUGUCGUACCACGAGGCGGGCCCGUCGCGCGACGACAGCAGCGCGCUCAGCACCGGCGAGCCGCGCGUGCAGCUGCGCGCGCUGCUGCCGGGCCGCAACUACUCCGUGCUCGUCAGCGCCGUGUCGCGCGGCGUCUCCUCCGCGCCGCGCGCCGCCGCGCUGGCCACGCGGCCGCUGGCGCCCGUGCUGCUGCCCGCGCGCGCCGAGCCGCGCCGCCUGCGCCUGGCCUGGCGCUCCGACGUCACCUCGCGCCAGGACGCCUACGAGCUGCGCUACCGCCGCCGCCAGCCCGCGCCCGCCGCCGCCGACGCCGACUUCCGAACCUUGGAGACGACGGAGACGAGCGCGACGCUGGAGGACCUGUUCCCGGGCGCCGUGUACGAGAUCCAGGUGGCGGCCGUGAGCUACGGGCUGGUGAGCGAGCGGCACUCGCUGCUGAAGCCGGUGCGGCCGCUGCCGGCGCUGUGGCUGCGCGUGGAGCGCGUGACGUCCAACAGCGUGACGGUGGAGUGGGCGGGGCCGGCGCGGGCGGCGUCGGCGCUGGGCGGCUUCGUGCUGCGCUACCGCACGCGCGCCGACCCGCGCUGGCUGGCGCUCGACCCGCUGCCGCCCAGCGCCUCCUCCGCUGAGAUCAGCAACAUGACGCACGGCGAGCACUACAUCAUCCGGCUGGACACGCUGAGCGAGGACGCGGACGGCGACAGCGUCGAGAGCGACCACCCGCUGCACGAGGAGCACACCGUCCGGCCCAACCCGGUGAGCAACGUGGAGCAGCUGGUGGACACGCGCAACAUGACGCUGGAGUGGCCCGUGCCGGGCGGGCGCGUGGAGUGGUACUCGCUGCGCUGGUGGCCCACCGAGGCGGGCGGCGCGGCCGGCGCGCGCAACCUGUCCGCGCCCGCCGCCGCGCGGACCGUCCGCGCGGCGCUGGCGGGGCUGGAGCCGGGCCGCGGCUACACGCUGGCCAUCGCCGCGCACUCCUACAACCUCACCAGCGACCUGUUCACCAUGGAGACCCGCACGCGUCCUCUCAUCCAGUCGGAGAUGACGAUCGUGAACCAGAAGGACAGCGGCGACGACAACGACACGCUCACCACCACGCUCAAGGUGACGUUCACGCGCACCCCCGAGGCGGUGACGCGCUUCGACGCGUACCGCUUCCGCCUGGAGGGCGCGGGCUCGGCGCCCGAGCUGCGCGAGCUGCCGGCCGCCGCGCCGCAGACCGUGGAGUUCGCCGACCUGGUGCCGGGCCGCCUCUACAACGUCACCAUGUGGACCGUCUCGCGCAACGUCACCUCGCACCCCAUGCAGCGCCAGACCCGCCUCUACCCGCGGCCGAUCACGCAACUGAACGCGACGGAGAUCGGCGCCCGCGACAUCACGCUGGCGUGGGACCGGCCGGCCGGCGACUACACCGACUUCGAGGUGCAGUACCUCAACGGCACCGACCAGCUGCUCACGCUCACCACGGAGGAGCUCGGCAUCACGGUGGGGGCGUUGCGGCCGCACGCGCUGUACACGUUCACCGUGGUGGUGUGGGCGGGGCGCGGCGGCGCGCUGCGCACUAAGUCGGGCGCACACUCGGCGGCGGUGGCGACGCGCGAGGCGGCGCCGCCCGCGCCCGCGCGGUUCCGCGUGCUGGCGGCCGAGCCCGGCAGCGUCACGUUCGCCUGGGAGCUGGACGCCGCCGCCGCUAACGGCGUGCUGCGCCGCUUCCUGCUCGAGUACGCGCCGCAGAGUGACCCCGACCGCAUCACUACCAUCGAGUUUCCGCCGGACGCGCGGUCGGGGUCGGUGGGCGGGCUGGCGCCGGGCGCGGGCUACUGGUUCGGCGUGCGCGCGGAGACGGGCGCGGGCGCGGGCGCGGCGGCGCGGCUGAGCCGCCACCAGGACAUCGGGCCGCCGCCGCGCCCGCCCGCGCACGCCACGCCGCACGAGCUGCGCCGCUCCUCCUCCACCGUGGCCGUGCGCUUCCGCGCCGACUACUUCUCGCCCGCCAACGGCAACGUGACGGCCUACACGCUGGUGCUGGCGGAGCGGCCGCGCAACGACACGCCGGCGCGCCUGCCCUCGUGGCGCGACGUGCACGCGCUGCCCGAGUGGCCGCCCUACCAGGUCACGGAGCCCUACUACCCCUUCCACUCGUCGCCCGUCGAGGAGUUCACCAUCGGCUCGGAGCGCUGCGACGCGGGCGGCCGCAUCUACUGCAACGGGCCGCUCAAGCCCGGCACCAAGUACUACGUCAAGCUGCGCGCCUUCACCGCGCCCGACAAGUUCACCGACACCGGCUACACCGUCGUCUACACAGAGGUGGACAACACGGCGUGGAUCGUGGGCGCGUGCGUGGGGUGCGCGGCGCUGGCGGGCGGCGCGGGGGCGCUGGCGGCCCUGCGCCGCCGCCGAGCCCGGCCUGCUGCCCCCGCCGCCCCGCCGCGCGCCACGCAGCGCCCCGUGCGCGUCGCCGACUUCAUCGACCACUACCGCCUCAUGUCCGCCGACUCCGACUUCCGGUUCAGCGAGGAGUUCGAGGAGCUGAAGCACGUGGGGCGCGAGCAGCCGUGCACGGCGGCCGACCUGCCCGUGAACCGGCCCAAGAACCGGUUCACCAACAUCCUGCCGUACGACCACUCGCGCUACAAGCUGCAGCCCGUCGACGACGAGGAGGGCUCCGACUACAUCAACGCCAACUUCGUGCCGGGGCACAACUCGCCGCGCGAGUUCAUCGUCACGCAGGGCCCGCUGCACUGCACACGCGACGACUUCUGGCGCAUGUGCUGGGAGUCGGGCUCGCGCGCCAUCGUCAUGCUCACGCGCUGCGUCGAGAAGGGCCGCGAGAAGUGCGACCGCUACUGGCCCUACGACACGCGGCCCGUCUACUACGGCGACAUCGCCGUCACGGCGCUCAACGAGUCGCGCUACCCCGACUGGACCGUGACGGAGCUGAUGCUGUCGCGCGGCGCCGAGCAGCGCGUGCUCAAGCACUUCCACUUCACCACGUGGCCCGACUUCGGCGUGCCCGAGCCGCCCACGGCGCUGGCCCGCUUCGUGCGAGCCUUCCGCGAGCGCUGCCCGCCCGACGCGCGGCCCGUGGUGGUGCACUGCAGCGCCGGCGUGGGCCGCUCCGGCACCUUCAUCACGCUGGACACGGCGCUGCAGCAGCUGGCGGCGCACGCCGAGUACCUGGACGUGUUCGGCAUGGUGCACGCCAUGCGGCGCGAGCGCGUCUGGAUGGUGCAGACGGAGCAGCAGUACAUCUGCAUCCACCAGUGCCUCGUGGCCGUGCUGGAGGGGCAGGACCUGGCCGCGCCGCCGCACAACAACCACAACCACCACCUCAACGCCGCCUUCGAAGACGACGAGGGCAUCGCGGAGUCGGGCAUGUGAGGCGGCCGCCGGGACAGCUGCCGGAACAGCCGCCGGGAUAGCUGCCGGGACAGUCACGCACACUGUACUUAACUGUUUUAUUUUCUCGAUGAGAUCGUUUGUAUACAGUAGUGUUAAGUUUUUUACUAAAAUAUUUUUAUAAAAAUGUACAUGAAUUAAAUGGACCAAUCGUUAAAUCGUAAACUAGAUUAAGAAUAAAUAAUUUGUUAUUUUUUUA